UCAAAUCGCAGAGAGGGAAAAGCGAGAGUGCUACACUACAACGAGGCUACCUAGUCGAGUCCACGUCGCUUUGCGAUUCCGCCGACAUCAAGGAGCAAAUAGUUCAUGUUCAACAAUCAAGAGUUCUGAAGAGCAACUUUUCCCCUAAAAGCGACCAAUGUACAUGUGGAGUAUGACCUCCUUUUGGAGCCAUCAGACUUUGUAACCAAUGGCAACAGUCCAGGCUCUAUCCUUGACCCGUGAUACCAGCAAGAGCUUCGGCGGCGACCUCUACUCCGCCCUUCCCCUGGCCUCGGCCCGUUGCAUCAUGGGAAGUGUAGGCAGCCUGAUCGAGAGGCCCGACGUCUCCCCGACCAAGGGCAGCCGGGCGAUGCCGCAGGUGCCCCCUCGCCACGGCAACGGCCUGCUGAAGAAAGGCUUCAACCAGCGCGAGCUGCUCAACUACCUGAACAUCGCCAAGAAGGAGCCCAAGGGAGGCAAGCACAUCAUCUCCUCCGGCGUCUCCUCCAUCAAGAGGGAGCACGGCCGCGAGGAGGAGAACCUCUACGCCAAGGUCUACCACAAGGGCGGCAAGGAGGUGGACGUCAGCAAGAACUCCCUGCCCAUGGGCGGCAAGUUUGACAAGUCUCGCCUGCGGCCGUCCGCCUUCAAGCCGGUCACGCCCAAGAACUUCAGCUCCAUGCAGAACCUCUACCCGGCCCAGGACGCGUCGGACACGGCGGCAGUGCCGCCGGCGCCCAGCAACGGCAUGCGCCCGUCCUACAUCACGACGGCCACGUCCAAGUCGCUGUCCAGCGCCACCUCGUCCUCGUCCUCGUCGCCCUCGCGUCACCACGGCAACGGCAAGGCCCAUCCGCCGCAUCCGCACCCGCAUCAGCAUCAGCAGCAGCAUCCGCAGCAGACGCCGGGGCGCCACCUGAGCCAGGAGGAGGAGGAGAACGCGUCCGACUCCGGCCACCACUCGCUCAGCAGCCUGCUGCCGCCGUACCGCCCCGCCGCCUUCCGGCCGCACCUGGGCCACAUCAGCGUCUCCAUGGGCCACAUCGACCACAUCGGCUCGCUGGACCGCCACUCGGCCAACGGCGGCAGUGGCUCGCGCGGCGCCCUCUCCUCCUCCUCCGCCGCCGCCACCGAGGCCUCGCUCCCGCCGAGCGGCACCGCCGCCACCACGCUGGGCCGUCUCCGCGGUUACGGCAGCGAGGCGCCGCCCCCCUACGAGCUGUCCAUGUCCAUGGAGGAUGUGGUGCGCGACCUGGAGGAGAGGCUCGUCGAGAAGGACCACGAGCUCCGGCAGAUGCGCCGCAACCUGGACGAGAGCGAGGACGCCAUCGCACAGGUGUUCGAGGAGAAGCAGCGGCUGUGGGAGCGCGAGGUGGAGGAGCUCAAGCGGCUGUACGCGGCCAAGCUGCGGCAGGUCUCCCAGCAGGCCCAGCGCGCCCAGCGAGGCCUCCAGCUGCAGCUCUACAAGGCCCAGCAGGAGCGCGCGCGCCUGCAGCAGGAGAGCGAGGCCCUCCGCACCGAGUGCCAGAGCCUCCGCAGGACCGGAGGAGGAGGAGGAGCAGGAGGAGGAGGAGGAGGAGGAGGUGGGGGUGUGCUGGAGGAGACGCAGUGGGAGGUGUGCCAGAAGUCGGGCGAGAUCUCCCUGCUGAAGCAGCAGCUGCGCGACUCCCAGGCGGAGGUGGCCCGCAAGCUCAGCGAGAUCUUCCAGCUCAAGACGGAGCUGCGCCAGUCCCGCGCCGACGCGCGCAACAAAGACGGCCAGGUGGAGGCGCUGCAGCUCGCCCUGCAGGCCGCGACCGCCCGCCGCAAAACCGCCGCCGCCGCCGACCACCGAGGCGGCUCGGAGGAGACGGUGGUGACGAUGCCGUCGGGGUCGCCGGGGUCCGGCGCGACGGAGGACCGGCUCCGGGCGGAGCUCCUGCUGGAGCGGCGGCAGAACGAGGCGCAGGUGACGGCCUUCGAGGCGGAGCGACACACCUGGCAGACGGAGAAGGAGAAGGUGAUCCGCUACCAGCGCGAGCUCCAGGCCAGCUACCUGGAGAUGUACCACAAGAGCGAGGCCCUGGAGAGGGAGCUGCUCGAGCUCAGGGGGGGCCAGGGGGCCAGCGGAGGGGGUGGAGUUACUGCCACGCUCAAACAGCCUCUGCAGAACUGCGAGUGA